AUGCCCCGUUUGACGGUACCGAUGGAAAAAUCAAGUCCGUUAUUCAAACUAGUUCCAUUAAUUGAUUCCAACGGCGUGCUACGAAUGGAAGGACGCACUGAAAAGGCCGAAUUCUUGCCAUUUGAUCUCCGGUUUCCUAUCAUUCUGCCAAGAAUUCAUUACGUUUCUGAGCUUCUUGUCCGCCAAUACCACGAACGAUACGGACACGGGUUCAGAGAAUCUGUUAAGAACGAGAUAAUGCAGCGAUUUGUCAUAAAUGGUUUGACAUGUGGUAUGUGGUGCAAAAUGAGAAAAUGUAUGCCGGAGACUCCACGUAUGGCCUCUUUACCUAUACAACGACUUACUCCUUUUAAAAGACCAUUCACCUUUGUCGGCCUGGAUUAUUUGGGCCCUAUCGAAGUUGCCGUUGGACGAAGAAGAGAGAAGCGCUGGGUUGUUGUAUUCACCUGUUUGGUCGUAAGAGCAGUGCAUUUGGAGGUGGCGCACAGUUUAUCCGCGCAGUCAUGCCUUAUGGCCAUUCGACGUUUCGUAAACCGCCGCGGCCCACCUUCAGAAUAUUUUUCUGAUAACGGUACGAACCUGCGUGGAGCAAGUAAAGAAAUUACACAACAAGUUCGAGACAUCCAAACUGUUUGUGCCGACGAAUUCACUAGUGCCACCACCAGCUGGCAUUUUAUACCUCCAGCAACGCCCCACAUGGGAGGAGCGUGGGAGAGGAUGGUGCGCUCCGUGAAAAGCAUCAUGGGAGCUCUCGACGAUGGUCGUAAGUUGAACGACGAAAUUCUAUUAACAACACUCGCCGAAGCAGAAGAUAUCAUCAACAGUCGCCAUUUGACUGUAGUGUCACAGGAAGCAGGCAAUGAACCAUUCUGUCCGAACAGUUUUCUACGUGGUUUGAAUCCAAACGAAUCGCAAGAGGUCAUCAAGCCAACGAAUCCAGCAGAAGCGCUGCGUGACUCCUACAAAAGGUCGCAGGAAUUUGCUGACGUACUGUGGAAAAAGUGGAUUAAAGAAUAUGUGCCAAUUGUUAAUCAACGAGCGAAAUGGUUCUCCGAAACGACUCCGCUGCAAAAGGGUGAUCUCGUGUACAUCGUGGAAGGAAAUCGACGAAAAGCUUGGGUACGCGGUAUCAUCGAGCAACCUAUCGUUUCCAGUGAUGGUCGCAUACGCCAGGCCAUGGUGCGCACGACAGGAGGAGUAUUCAGACGCGGAACGGCAAAUCUUGCUGUACUCGAGCUCACAGCUAACACUGAUGCAGCAGAAAUGGUGGCUCCAGAGAGCUUUUCUGGCCCGACGUUUGAUAUUAGUGGUAACUCUGCUCCGAUUAAGACGACGACUUCAGGGAUCUAAUCUGGACCAGGUUUACGGGUGGGGGAUUAUUGAGUGUACGAUACACUCACUGGGCAGCACCGAACACCCCUGCUGGAAAGGAAGCAACUGUCAAAACCGUGAUAGCCGAUGUCAUGUCGUGACAGCGGAUGUCAACGUAAAGGGAGAAGAUGAGUCAUCAUUUUGCGUGCGAAUUUAAGAAGUGCAAGACGUUCUACUCUAAAUCGUUAAAAUUACAUUUUCCUUUAAGUGGAGUAAUAAGUUUCUUCUUUAUACAAAAGUUUAUAUUAUAUACUCAAACCUGCAAAAGGGAAGAAAACUUGACCACGUGAGGUUUUGAAAAGGAUCAAUCGGAUCCAACAUUUCAUUUGGAAUCGUUUCUCUGGAUUUAAAAUCAAUCGAAGUUUGUGAUUCCGUAAGUACAAAGAGAAACUAAAAUUGGUAAAACAUAUUAAAAAGAAUAUUUCACUAAAAUUUAGGCCACUUAGCAAAAGUAACCUUCAUAGACCGAUCAGACUUUGCAUACCGGUAGUCAUUCAAGCAACAGUCUUUGGAAAAAUAUACUAAAUGUAA